AUGUACCAGGUGGCUGCAUUCUUGGCAAUGGUCAUGGGAACCCACACUCUCGGUUCCCAUGAAGGACUCCAGAAGGACUGCAGCCAUCGGCCCAGCUGCUGCCCCAGGAAGGGGCAGGACUCCACUGAGGAAUGGCUGAAGUGGAACACUGUGCUCAUGCCUCCCCCAGAACCAGCUAGCCUCACCCCCCACCCAGAAUCCUGCAGGUCCAGCAAAGAUGGACCCCUCAACAGCAGGGCCAUCUCCCCCUGGAGAUACGAGUUGGACAGGGACUUGAACCGGUUCCCCCAGGACCUGUACCACGCCCGUUGCCUGUGCCCACACUGCGUCAGCCUCCAGACGGGCUCCCACAUGGAUCCCCUGGGCAACUCGGAGCUGCUGUACCACAACCAGACCGUCUUCUACCGGCGGCCGUGCCGUGGCGAGCAGGAGGCCCACAGCGGCUACUGCCUGGAGCGCAGGCUCUACCGUGUCUCCUUGGCUUGCGUGUGUGUGCGGCCCCGUGUGAUGGCCUAG